CCUUUGUAGGCAGGCUCUGUCCUGCGUGAAGCGCGAGCUCAUUUGAAUGCAGCUCUUGAGUCUCGCUGCAAGCGCACGGCGGGUGCUGGAGGCGAGCUGGGAGAGCUACGCGUUGGUCUCGGGCUCACAGCUUCGCCUGCAGCGCACACCUGCGCUCGAGAAGCCAAGUGGUCGUCGUCGGCUGUUCUAGAAAGGAUGUCGCUUGGUACCGCUGUCGAUGGCGGGUUUCUGUCAGGGAGUUUGUCUUUCCUCUCGAAGGAGUUUGGUCGCUGUGUGUUUCUCGUCGCUGGUUGAGUGAAGGAGUCGUGUCGAGGGACCCGUAAGCGACUCGCACACCGUUUCCGAGGGGGACGAGUCCCGGACUCUGCGUUGUUGGGACUGAGGAAAUCUAAGCCCUUAGCCGUGAACACACACACACCGAGCCCUGAGGGGAAAGUGUCCGGGAUUUGUUUUGGUGGGGAUUUCUGUGUGACUAUGUGAUGGAUAACGGACGCGGCAUGCAUACUGAACUGUAAGGUAUGCCUCAGGCAUUGAGCUGUCCAAGUAUGUUUACUCCUGGUGGCUUCAGCCCUCAUUUACACCCAUCCAAAGAAGGCGAGCAUGAUAGUUUAAUCUUUCAAGAUGGAAAUUUAAUCUCUGCUUCUCUAGAGGCUCUAAUCCAACACCUUGUACCUACAGUCGAUUAUUAUCCUGAAAAAGGAUAUAUAUUUGCAUUUCUGCUAAGUUCAAGGCUGUUCAUCGACCCACAUGAACUUUUGUCUAAAGUGUGCCAUCUGUGUAUUGAACAGCAGCGACUCAAUGACCCUGUACCCGACAAGGCAAGAAUACGAAAAUUUGGGCCCAAGUUACUGCAGUUGUUGACAGAGUGGACUGAAACAUUCCCCCAUGACUUUCAGGAUGAACGGAUGGUUGACCAGCUGACUGAUAUGUUUCAUAGGAUUGCAUCUUGUGAUGAGAUUUACUGGAAGAAGAUGAAUCAGCUUUUGCAAGGACUGAGUCAAAAAUUGAAAACAUUGCAUCAGGGAGAUGAAAGUAUUGUCAGAACGAAUGCCUCUGUGUCUGAAAAAAGUAUUUCCUUUAAAAGCAAGUCUCCAUCAAUUCAUACUCGAGACAUACUAACUGUCUGUAAUGACCCAUAUACUUUGGCACAACAACUAACACAUAUAGAAUUGGAACGGCUGAGUCUCAUUGGCCCUGAAGAAUUUGUGCAAGCCUUUGCACACAAAGAUCCUUUGGACAGUACAAAGCCUUGCUUUAAAGAUACAAAGAAGACAAGACAUCUUGAGGCUUAUGUGAAGUGGUUCAACAGACUGUGUUACCUCGUAGCAACGGAAAUCUGCAUGCCUGCAAAGAAGAAACAGAGAGCCCAAGUAAUCGAAUUCUACAUUGAUGUUGCACGGGAGUGUUUUAAUAUAGGCAACUUUAAUUCAUUAAUGGCAGUCAUCUCUGGUAUGAACAUGACUCCAGUUUCUAGACUAAAAAAGACCUGGGCUAAAGUAAAAACUGCUAAAUUCUUUGUCCUAGAGCAUCAAAUGGAUCCAACUAGUAAUUUCUACAAUUAUCGCACGGCACUGAGGGGUGCAGCUCAUCGGGCUCUCAUGGCACACAGUAACAGAGAAAAGAUUGUCAUCCCUUUCUUCAGUCUUUUGAUUAAGGAUAUAUAUUUUUUAAAUGAAGGCUGCACAAAUCGACUGCCUAAUGGCCAUGUCAAUUUUGAGUCGUAAUAUCAUCCGUUAUCUGCAUACUGCUCCUGUCUUCACUGAAGAUGAUCUGUAUUUGGCUUCUUAUGAAAGUGAAAGCCCAGAGAAUCAACCUGAAAAGGACAGGUGGAAAUCCUUAAGGUAA